AAGGGUGCUGUAUUUUUUUUCUCACUUGUGAGGCAGCAGUGCAGAGAUGCACAACAACUGGAUCGCUUGCAUUGUUGUGCUCCUGUCCAUUCUUCCAACAUUUACCUGCUUUUGCCACAAAGACGGAGAAAAUAACUGCUUAUGCAUCAAAGACCAAAACCUGGUAAUACAGAGAGUGAUGUCAGUUGCUGACAGUGCUUCGAUCCCCUGCCCUGGUCUGGAACUUAGUAAGGAGAACGUUUCUAUCAUCCUACACAAGGAGACAGAGCUGCAUUCUACACAUUUCCAAGCAACUCAAGUAACAAACACUUCAAGGAAAAAGCAACGGUUUAGUGUCCAUGUUGAAAAUGACACUGCAAAAUAUGUAAUAGACAGACCUCAAGUCAAUGACACAGGCUUGUACAAGUGCACAGUUUCAUACAGACAUGCUCACAAAACAACCUGGAUUUUUCUUCUUGUUAAAGAACCCUGUAUCACUGACGAAUCCCUGUCUUGGGUACUGCCGGCUGCAGGCUGUGGGUUACUGGCUUUGUAUAACCUUAUUGUCACAAUUAUCAGCUGCUUCUUUGCUUGGAAGCUUGGACAUCAGGAUACAUACGAGAACGAUUAUAUCAACACAAGGCCAGGAGAGCUCUCAAGAAACAAAUAGGUUCAGUAUCAGCUCGAGGUGCCACCCAUCCAUCCCAAGCGACCUAUUUCCAGUCACCUUAAUAAAAACAAUUCCCUGUUGCUCUAAGUAUAAUUUUAAAUAUGUGUGUAAUUUAUUAAAACACUUUGUAAACAUGGACUUGAACUUGAACAUGGAGGACUGUUAAAUAAAGCAAAAUAU